AAUGUGAGCUCUCCAAUUCUACCUCCUCUCUCUCUCUCUCUCUCUCUCUCUCACGCACACAUACACACAGAGACAGACAAACCCACAGACGCAGAGUGAGAAUGGACGGUGGACUUCCAAUGCUGAAUUGUCUGCUGCAGCAUACAUUGAGGAGCUUAUGUUCGUAUUCAUCAGAUCAUUCUAAUUCCUCGAAGUGGGUUUAUGCUGUUUUUUGGAGAAUCUUGCCUCGGAACUACCCUCCACCAAAGUGGGAAUUUGGAGGGGGUGCCAUUGACAGGGCCAAAGGGAACAAAAGAAACUGGAUUCUUGUUUGGGAAGAUGGGUUCUGUGAUUUCUGCGAGUGUGAGAAGGUGGGAGGUGGGUACACGAAGGGAAGGUUUGGACCAGAGGUCUUCUUCAAAAUGUCUCAUGAGGUCUACAGUUUCGGUGAAGGAUUGGUCGGGAAAGUGGCAGCAGACAACAGUCACAAGUGGGUGUCGAGAGAUACCGGGAGCGAAAGCGAUCCGAACUUGGUCUCCUCGUGGAACACGUCGAUCGAGCCGCAACCGAGGGCAUGGGAGGUUCAAUUCGAUACCGGCAUUCAGACAAUUGCCAUUAUUUCGGUACGAGAAGGCAUAGUUCAGCUUGGAUCAUUGGAUAAGAUAGCGGAAGAUCUUAAUUUGGUGAUCGGCAUACAGAGAAAAUUCAGCUAUCUCCAAAGCCUUCCCGGUGUUUUCUCGAUACAGAGACCAUACCUACCUCUCCAAAAUCCCUACCUCCGGAAAUCCCAUAUCUCCAUCACUGAACACCACGAGACAUUUUACUUGGAGGAUGAGAAACGCCAAUACAUUCGCGCCAAAAGGUUGUUCGAGGAAGCACCGGACGGCAGCCCGGUCAAGUCCAUCAAUCUCGGUUGGAACACCCCGCAAUACGGUCUCCAGGGCCCAUCCAUGUGGCCGAUCCCACCUCUUCUGUCGAAGCUACCUCCGGUGAUCCCGCCGUAUAACCCCAUCGAACCUCCCAAUCCAGCUGUCCAAGACAGGAACAGUAUCAGCAAUGGGUGCCAGAGAGCAGAAGCGAAUGAAAACCAAGUUCAGAUUGGUGAUGUGAAAGUGGAGCCUUCAUGUCACCUGGAUGCUAUUAGCGAAGAAAAGCCAACGCCCCCGAACUGUGAAUUUGACAUGAAAGAUCAGGUACUUGUUGGAUUUGAGCCUGUUAGAGAUGGAGAAUAGUCGCCAAAUCUUAAUUAAUUAGGAUAGCCGAAACGCCACAUAAUUAUGAAGUAGACAUAUAGACAGAGCACUUUCAGGCUCCGAGCAGUCAGUCGGUAGUACAUUAGUAGUUCUGCAACCGUUGUCCAUCUGUUUAUAAAAAAUGAAAGUACAGUUUUAUAUGAUAAGCUCAGGCGUUAUGUACGUAUGCGAAGUCUGUUUCUGUGAAGCCAAA